CACCUUCCACCGGCCAAAUGGCCGGGGCACACGCUAGUUUUUUACAAAAGAUAAUCAUGUAUUGAUUCAAAGAAUAGGUAGUUACAUCCUGGAGAUCCGCCAGGACUGCAAAUCGAAAAAAUUACUCAUAGUCGGGUACAAAGAGAGGGUCUUUCUAGCCACCAAAUGGGCUACCCUAUUACUACUCCGACCUACAAAUCAAACACUAAACCCGGGGUUGCUGGAGAAACCCAGCACCACUUCAUCAAGAAUCGCACCCAACCGGUUGUCCCUUGUAUCGGCCCGCCUGAUCUUGUCGAUGAUCACCUUGGCAUCCCCUUCAAAUCUUACUUCCGUGAAGCCAUGGGAUCAUCAAUUAUAGGAAAUUAAACCCCUUUAGCCAGAAGGACUUCCCGAGUAGGGGUCAUAAGGACCAACCCGCCCGCCGAAUGAGAGUCGCUCCUAGUAGCCACAUCCCACAUUCAAACAACCCAAGCAUGAACCAUCAGUCCCGGUUGUUGUACCAUAGGAUCAGAGGCCUGAAGAGCUUUAUUCACCGGCAGCCGCACCCAUUCUUCAUAAUGCUGGGCGAACUGUCGCAUCAAAGCAGGGAACCCAAACUGCUUACCCUCAAAGACCACUCAGUUUCGAGACCGCCAGAUCCGCCAAAGGAUGACAACAACUUCCAUGAAUAGUGUCGGCUGCUGAAUUAAAGCCAUCAGCUUUUUAAGAAAUAAAGGGAAGGUAUGACGAGGAAGCCCCUCCCCUAAGUACUCCAGCCCCGAAUAGCCCCAAAGGGUCUGUGCCACCGGACAAUCUAGAAACAAAUGUUCCAUCGUUUCUGGAUUCUCCCAGCAAACCAGGCAACGAGGGAGCACGGGGACCUUCUUACCAAUUAGGGCUUCCGUAGUUGGUAAGAUUCGAUUUAGGAUCUGCCAAACAAACACCUUUAACUUGGGGGGAAUAUUAGCCUCCCACAACCGAAUCCAACUAGUCUUAUCCAUCCAACUAGUCGUAGCCUUCCAGCGACCCCUCCUCCUAUCAAGGGAGACAGCCAAGUGAUAAGCAGACUUAACAGAAAACACCCCAUCAGCAGUAUCAUGCCAUAUGAGCCUAUCCUCGAUCGGUAAAACCCACGGAUUAUACCACGGGGGAUCCAACUGGAGUUGAGGGAUCCAUGUGGAAUGCAACAGAGACGACGAUCGGUCAUUCCCAAUUUUCCAUCUUAAUCCCAUCUCUAGUAACUGCCGACCAAACAGGACACUCUGCCAUCCCCAUGACGGGCGGGAGCGAGCCUUAGCAUGAAGGAAAUGCCCAUUAGGAAAAUACUUACCUUUGUAGACUUGGGCAAGAAGGGACUGAGGCUCAAAUAGGAUACGCCAUCCAAUUUUGGCAAGAAGGGUCUGGUUAAAAUGCUCAAAUCGGCGAAAUCCCAUCCCACCAUCAUGCUAACUCCUACACAAAUCACACCAGGACAUCCACCGAAUUUUCGAAUGGCCCUCGUUAGCACCCCACCAGAAACGGGCGACAUGUCUAUCCAGGAGACGACAGAGAGAGAGAGGCAGCUUGAAACAAGACAUUACAUGCAACGGUAACGCCAGAGCAAUUGACUUUAUCAGCGUUUCUUUAGCCGCCCAAGAUAAAGUUCUUUGCUUCCAUCCCUGGAGCCGCUCCAACAAUUUCUCCUCUAAAUACCGGAAUGUCUCCAUUUUAGAUCAAGCAAUCAAUGUAGGUAGGCCCAGAUAUUUAUCAUGGACCCCAACCGCCCCCACCCCCAGUAUCGCAGCUAAGAAUUCUUGGUCAACGCAAUAUUUUUGCUGAAGCAUACCACUGACUUCGCUAAAUUCACCCGCUGUCCACUUAGCUCCUCGUACUCAUUUAAAACCUCAAUCAAAUUGUCACAUUUCUGGAGCGUGCCACGCAGGAACAGAUAAGAAUCAUCGGCAAAAAACAAGUGCGAGAUCCUAGGGGCACGCAGGGAAACCUCAUUUUUCUUAGUUUCUCGAAUUAGAGGAAGUUAUGGGUUGAUAAAAUAUUAAAAUGGCA